UGUUAAAAUAGACUACUCCUCCAGAAUCCUGGGAUACGCUUCAACCCUAAACAAAUAAGAUUUUCUUUCAUUCUUCAACAGUUCAAUAGGUGAUAGCUUCUAAAUUGUACUGAAAUCCUAAAGCUGUUGAGAUUUUCACACUCUUAACAUGGCAUUGGCCAGAAUUGCUAGGAGUGGAUUCAGAAGGUCAGGAGGUGCCAUAGGCGGUUACUCACUUCAGAAUAAUACAUUCCGUGAGGAAGUACCCGCAUUCAAAUAUUCCUUACCUUCCCUUGAAAAUGUCUCACCACAUGGCAACCUAUCAUACUUAUUUAACAUUAGGAAGGCAAGUUCCUUGGGUAAUUCGAGCAGGGGAAUCAGGACAACCCCACAUUUUCAAUUUCAAAAUGCAGAGAGAAUUGCGGAGGAGUCUGAAUCAGAAUAUGAGGAAACAAGGUAUGCAGGGCUAGAAGCAACAAAGCCAGGUGAAAAGCCAAGGGUGGUUGUCAUUGGUACAGGUUGGGGUGCAUGCCGGUUCCUUAAAGGACUGGAUACCAAAAUUUAUGAUGUUGUUUGCAUAUCUCCAAGGAAUCACAUGGUCUUCACACCUUUGCUUGCUUCAACUUGUGUUGGAACCCUGGAAUUUCGCUCUGUAGCUGAGCCUGUUAGUCGGAUACAGACUUCGUUAGCAACAGAACCCAAUUCAUACUUUUAUCUGGCUUCCUGCACUGGCAUUGACACUGACAAACAUGAAGUUUACUGUGAGACUCUCAGUAAUGGAGCAUUGCCUAAUGAGCCCCACUACUUCAAAGUUGCAUAUGACAAACUUGUAAUUGCUGCUGGAGCUGAACCUGUAACUUUCGGCAUCAAGGGGGUGAAGGAAAAUGCAUUUUUCCUUCGUGAAGUAAAUCAUGCCCAAGAAAUAAGGAAGAAGCUUCUCUUGAACCUCAUGCUUUCAGAAAAUCCAGGCAUAUCAAAGGAAGAGAAGAACCGCCUUUUACACUGUGUUGUCAUUGGUGGUGGCCCUACAGGGGUGGAGUUUAGCGGUGAAUUGAGUGAUUUCAUCAUGAAAGACGUCCGAGAACAGUAUGCUCACGUUAAAGAUGAUAUUAAAGUUACCCUCAUUGAGGCAAAUGAAAUUUUAUCAUCCUUUGAUAUCGGGCUGCGGCAUUAUGCAAUAAAUCACUUGAAUAAGUCCGGUGUUCGCCUCAUGCAAGGUGUUGUAAAAGAGGUGCAUCGCAAAAAGAUAGUUCUCAAUGAUGGGACUGAUGUUCCGUACGGCCUCCUGGUCUGGUCUACAGGUGUUGGUCCCUCUCAGUUUGUAAAAUCACUAAAUCUUCCCAAGUCACCUGGUGGAAGGAUUGGUAUCGAUGAAUGGUUGAGGGUGCCGUCCGUGGAAGAUGUAUUUGCAGUUGGAGAUUGUGCUGGUUUUCUUGAACAGACAGGGAGGCCAGUGCUUCCUGCUCUAGCACAGGUUGCUGAAAGGCAAGGGAAAUAUUUGGUGGAUUUGUUUAACAAAAAGAUUGGAAAGCAAAAUGGAGGCAAGGCAUUAAGUGCAGAAAGCAUUUCCCUGGGAGACCCUUUUGUGUACAAGCACCUAGGAAGCAUGGCAUCGGUUGGCCGCUUCAAGGCUUUGGUGGAUCUACGCCAAUCAAAGGAUGCAAAGGGCAUAUCACACGCAGGAUUUGUAAGCUGGUUGAUUUGGCGCUCUGCAUAUCUGACACGGGUUGUCAGUUGGAGGAACAGGUUUUAUGUUGCAGUUAACUGGGCAACUACUUUAGUGUUCGGCAGAGAUAACUCUAGGAUUGGAUAAGUUGAAACGCAGAUGCCGUUUUGAGAAAUUGCUUUCAUUUGAGCAAGUUCGUCGGCAGAUCUUCAUAGCUUUAUUUUUUUAUAGGAUAAUUAUAUACUUUUUAGUGGAUCUUGGAAAUUAAAUUCUGUGUAAGGAAGGAUCUGGGGGGAGUUUAAAAUAAAGACUUCUUUCUUCA